UUUUUUAAAAUUUAAAUUAGGACCUAGUGUUACGGUAGGCUGAUGCGGAUCAAUGUUUUUAAAUUUAUAAUAAACACAUCCUUACCGAAAGCACUUCCUUUUCCUGUAGACGGUCGCCUCUAAAAUGUAUUCGGCGAGCGCAAAGAUUGUCAAGCCGCAGGGCGAAAAACCUGAUGAAUUUGAGUCCUCCAUUAGUCAGGCUCUUUUGGAGCUGGAGAUGAAUUCUGACUUGAAAGCUUCUUUGUAUGAGCUGUCUAUCACUGGAGCCAAGGAGAUUGAUAUGCAAGGCAAAAAAGCUAUCAUCAUCUUUGUACCUGUUCCACAAUUAAGGGCUUAUCAGAAGAUUCAAACUAGACUUGUUCGUGAGCUAGAAAAGAAGUUCAAUGGCAAACCAGUUGUCUUUAUUGCACAAAGGAGAAUCUUGCCCAAACCAACCAGAAAGAGCAAGAGAAAGAACAAGCAAAAACGUCCCAGAAGCCGAACCCUCACAGCUGUACAUGAUGCCAUUUUGGAAGAUCUAUGCUUUCCCGCUGAGAUAGUUGGCAAACGUGUACGUGUUAAGUUGGAUGGUUCUAAGAUAAUUAAAGUUCAUCUCGAUAAGAGUCAGCAGAAUAAUGUUGAGCACAAGCUGGACACCUUUACUUCAGUCUAUAAAAAGCUAACCGGGAAAGACGUCACGUUCGAGUUCCCUGAGUUUGUCUUGUAAUAAGUGGAUGUCUUGAAAUGAGGAGUAAUAAAUUUUAAUAACUGA